CCCGUUCUUGCUAAAAUGUCUAAAGUAGCAAAAAUUUCCGCUGAUGCCAAAUAUUUAAAAAAGAUAGCCAAACCAGAUGGAAAAAAAUCGAAGACAGUGGGAGAAGAUAAGGCCAAAAUAAAGAAAAAAGUCGAUCUAACAGAAAGUGCGGAUACUAAAAAGACGACAAAGAGCAAGACUGUUCUUGAGGAAAAACCUAGCAGCUUAUCGAAGCCGGCCGAGAAAAAGUCCAAAAAAUCAAAAUUGGUUGAAAAUAGCCCAUCGAAAGGAGUCGAAAAGUCAAGUAAAUCAAAAAAGUUGGAUAAAACAGCAAAGAUAUCUAAAGACUCCAGCCAGGAUACCAAAAAGAGUACCUCAAAGUCUGAAACUAUUCCAAAGGUCAAACCGGUCAGUGAUGAGUCAGAUGAAGAAAAAACCCCACUCUCUGACAAGACACCUCGUUUAGCAAAGGCAGGAGAUACUUGUCUAAAUUCUAACGUUGUAAGCAAAUCGAAAACAUCGUCUGGCGACAGAGAUAACGUUCUGGGUGAUGAUGAACAAACAAAAGAACCUUCUUCAAGUUCCGAUGAUGAAUCGUCAAGUUCUGGAUCUAAAAGAGUCAAAGCCGAUUCAUCGGAAAAAAAGAAGCUAAAAUCUAAAAAGGUUGAUGCGGCGAAAGAGUCUGAACCAAGUGACGAGGAGUCUUCACUUUCAGAAUCCAUGUCCGAAUCAGACUCUUCAUCAUCCGAGGAAUCAGAAGUUGAGAGGAGCAGAAAGGCGAAGUCUGAAGGAAAGGUGAAAACACCUGAAUCUUCAGACGACACAUCUGAAGAAAUCGAGGCAAGCAAAGACACAAAAUCUAAAGAGGUCGAGUCGGAAUCGUUGGAUAGUGAAUCAGAUUCGUCCGAAGAGGAAAUAGUCAAAGUCAAAGCCGGCAAAAAGAAAGAGUCAAAGAAGAAGGCAAAGCCGCUAGAUGAUGAUGAGUCAGAGUCUUCUGAGGAGGAAGAGGCUAAGGCCAAAGCCGAUAAAAAGAAAGAGUUAAAGAAGAAGGCAAAAAAACUAUUGGAUGACGAGUCAGCAUCGUCUGAAGAGGAAGAAGUUAAAGCCAAAGUCAAGGCCGGUAAGAAGAAAGGAGCAAAUAAAAAAGUAAAACAUAAGGAAGAAGAAGAGUCGUCUUUAUCCGACGAUGAAUCAUCCUCUUCUUCAUCGGGUGAGGAUUCUUCUUUGUCUGAAGACGAAUCUUCUUCAUCCGAAGAUUUACCAGAUGCGAAGUUAGCUUCUUCCGAUGAAUCGUCAGAUGACGAUAAAAUGGAUGUUUUGGAAUCUUCUAGCGAAUCAUCUGGAGACGAUGAAAGUGACGAUGGUUCAGGAAAGAAGGCGGUGGUAGAUAUCGCAGAGAGUAAGCACCAAGAUGAAUCAGAAUCGUCAUCAGAUGAAUCUUCGUCUGCAGGAACUAGUGAUGAAGAGUCAGACGAAGAUGGCAUUGAUGCCCAGGCGUCUUCAGACGAAGACGAAAGUUCGGCGUCAGACGAUGAAAAGAGUUCUGAAUCUGAAGACAGCAGCGAUUCUUCUGCUGAUGCUGCGAGUAAAAAGACUAAAAAGCACAAAGCAGAUAUGGAUGACGAGAACGUACCAAUAGCAAAGAAAAAGAAAGUGAGCGAAACCCAAUCCGAACCCGGUUCAAUAGCGGUUACAGAUGAAGUCUACAUUCGAAAUCUUUCCUGGGACAGCAGAGAAGAGGACGUUCGUGAAUUUUUCAGCAGCUGUGGAGAUAUUAAAGAUGUCAAGUGGAAUAUAAACAAAAAAACUGGUAAGUUCACGGGAAGCGCUAUUAUCAAAUUUUCUUCUAUAUCUGAAGCAGAAAGAGCUAUCCAAAAAUCUGGAUGUGAACUCAAUGGACGAUCUAUUGUAGUGAAGGUGUCCACACCUAAUUUCAAUGCCUAUAAUAAUUCGUUCAACAAAAGUCGGCCUUUCAACAACAACAACAAUAAUCAAUCACCCGGCGGAAAUUGGCAGGAUAAGAACAAAGGCAACAGGUUCAACCGAGGAGGGGAUAAUCGAUCUUUCGGCGGGAAAAGCAAUCCCAGAUUCAACAAUUUCAACAAUUUCAAUGAUAAAAGAGGAGGCAACAAUAAUAGAUUCCAAAAUACCAAAUCUAACAAUGCUUGCACAGUUUUCGUUGGCAACUUGAACCACAACAUUAAUGAUGAUGUUAUGUCUGGAUUUUUGAGAGACUGUGGAGCGAUCAAACAAAUUCGAUGGGUAUCCAAGAAUGGAGAGUUCAAAGGCUGUGGCUUUGUAGAGUUUCACGACCCUAGAGCAGUUGAAAAUGCCCUCAAACUUGAUGGAGCUGAGUUAAUGGGAAGACAAAUUCGAGUAGACUAUGCCGAGAAGCGCAAUUAGGCUUGUAUUUGAAGAGCUACCGUUUCAAAUUUUCCUUUUGGUGGCAUGGUCAAUUUUUUUUAGACUACUGUUCACGCCACUUCGUAUUUACUGCUAAAAAUAAUUAAAAUAGUCUGUCAAACUGAAA